AGUGGGUCAUGUGACCAGAGGAAGGCGAUUCUCGAGAUCGUAAACAACAUGGCGCGUUACGAACCAGGAGAAUCUUAAAAACAACUCAGGGAAAUAGAAGCGCUCGGGAUACUGAAAUCCCACGUUUACAAGCUUCAUUUUUGACAACACUAUUUUGUGGUUAUUUACCGAGGUUUUGCAGGAAGAAAACAAAGUAGUAAAAGAGCUGUCAAAGCGCUGUUAUCAAAUAAAUUGACAAUCAGUCUAUGGGCUCUCAGUCCAGUUCUGGGAUGUCCGGUCGGGGCUCUGGUAACAACCCAGACCAGUCAGAACCCGAACCCAACCAGAACUCUAAUCAGACGGGUAACACACAGGCAGAGAGACAGGCAGAAUCUGAAGAGGACGUUGACUUAGCUCAAGUUCUGGCGUACCUACUGCGGAGGGGCCAGGUGCGCCUGGUCCAUGGAAGUGGAGCGACAGGCCUGCAGCUUGUGCAGUCAUAUUCAGACUCUGAUGAGGACAGCGAUGGGGCCUGGGAUGGGCGGUUAGGACAUCGAUAUGAUCCUCCAGUGGAUGCCCAACCAGACACACAGGAAGUGGACCGCAGUGAGAUCCACACUCAGAUCAUGCUUGCCACUGCUUCCUCAGGCUUAAAGGGCAGAUACAGUUUCACACAUAUGCUGGCAGAGCGGGAACAGGGACGUUGUCGUGGGUCAAGUUUUUCUCAUGGAGAGUGCAGCCGUAUCCGCUCACAUUUCUUGCCCAAUCAUGUGGUUUACAAGGACACUUAUCAGCAGAAAGUUUUUUGUGGAGUCUACAGUGAUGAGGGAAACAUGUUCCUGUCUGCAUGCCAAGACCAGAAUAUCAGGUUAUAUGAUACUAGCAGGGGUCGUUUUGCUCUAAAGAAGACAGUGAAGGCCAGAGACGUGGGCUGGAGCAUUCUGGAUGUGUGUUUUACACCUGAUGCACGUUGUGUGCUUUACUCCAGUUGGUCUGACUACAUUCAUGUGUGCAGUGUAGAUGGGGACAAUGAAACACACACCGCUCUGGACCUCAAUCCUGAUGAAAGGAGGUUCUGUGUUUUCUCACUGACAGCAUCCACAGAUGGAAAAGAGAUUUUAGGCGGUGCAAACGAUGGCUGCCUGUAUGUGUUUGAUCGUGAACAAAACAAGAGAACUCUAAAGAUUGAUGCUCAUGAGGAUGACGUGAAUGCUGUGGCAUUUGCAGACAGUUCAUCGCAGCUGCUGUUCUCAGGCAGUGAUGAUGCUCUUUGUAAAGUAUGGGACAGACGUACACUCAGAGAAGACAGACCACAGCCUGUGGGUCAACUGGCUGGACACAGAGAUGGAAUCACCUUCAUACACAGCAAGGGCGACGCUCGAUACUUGAUCAGCAACUCCAAAGAUCAGAGCAUUAAGCUGUGGGACGUGAGGAAGUUUUCACCCAAAGAAGGACUCGCGGCAUCACGACUCGCUGUCACACAACAAAACUGGGACUACCGCUGGCAGCAGGUUCCCCAGAGAGCACUAAAGAGGCAUAAGCUGAGCGGUGACACCUCUGUGAUGACCUACAGGGGUCAUGGAGUUUUGCACACGCUCAUUCGGUGCCGCUUUUCCCCGGAAUUCACAACUGGACAGAAGUUUAUUUACACAGGCUGUUCAACAGGCAAAAUCGUCAUCUACAACGUGUUGACGGGAGCCGUCGAGUGCAAAUUGUCUAAUCAUGACGCAUGUGUGAGGGAUGUCAGCUGGCACCCGUAUCACAACAACAUGGUCAGCAGCUCUUGGGAUGGCGCCAUACGUUUGUGGGAACACACACAGAACCUUCCUCUGGACAAAGACAGAGAGAGGAUGAACGUGGAUGUGACAGAGAUGAAAGCAAAAGGCCAUUGAUGACAUCAGAGGUAGAUGGUGCCGUCACAGCGGGAAUGAGAUGAUGAAGGAAUAAAGAGAAACGGGAAAUAAAUCACAAAAGACAACUCAUUUUGAGCAGAGAAUUUAGUAAAAUCACACUGAUAUAGUGUCUGGCAGGAUCUUCAAGUGUUUUUUGUUUGAUUCCACAUUGCUCCUCCUACCGGCACAAGAGAUGAUACAAAUGUGCUUAAGCUAAAAGAAUCAUUGACAUUUAAUUAAUGGACAGGGCGUUUUUCUUUUACGCCUACUGUUACACCUCUUUUUCAGCUCGGAGGUGAGCUUUUAACUGCAGGUUUAAGCUUUAGUGAAAGUGAAUUUCACCGAUAUACAGGACGCAUGAAUUCAGACAGGCACAAAACAACUGCUUUGCUUGAAAAAUUGCUGUACGGUAAUAUAGCAAAAUAAUUUAGACAAAAUGGACAUGUUUCUAAAAGUGCAAAAAGAAUUCUGGGAAUAAUUCUAAAUAUUGUAAGAUAUUUUAUUGCUAUUAAUGUUCAGGAUUUGAUUUUGUAGUACAAUGUAAAAAAAAAAAACUUUGUCAAAACUGAAUGUGUGUUAAAAGUGUGUGUGGAGAUAUAGUCGUGGGUUUAUGGGUGUGGGAGUGUGUUUCUUUAUGCGUGGAUGUUUGAUUUGUGUAUGAUUCAAGUGCAUUUAGAAUUCAUUGAAACACUCAGAAUUGUUUUACAAGAAUAAUUAAACGUAUGCGCACAA